CAACAACUCAACAAGGGUUUCAGUUCAGACUUCACUCUUCAGUCUUCAAAGAGGCGUCUCUUCCGGAGGUUCUGGCGGCCGGGGAAUGGCAAGUGAUUGAGAGUUGAGAGUUGAGAAAUUUCUACAUAAAUUGCAAGGUUGAACCGUAGAAAAUGGAACGCUUCUUCAAAAGAAAGCGCCAGGAUGACUUUUCUUCUCCAAGUGAACCAAUUGUUGAAGCAAUUAAAAAUCAGCCCCAAAUAGAAGUCGAAUUGCAUCUGAAUGAUAUUGUUGGUGAUCCAGGAAAACGUAAACCAAUUGAAGAGUUCAAUGUUGCAAUUCGUGAUAGAGUACGAAGAGAGUACUUGAAUAAGGGUCCUUGCCAACCAAUUGGACAUAAGAAUCGUAAAAAGAAAUAUGGUAUUCAAGAAAGGAGUUUUCAAGAUGUUUGGUUUAAAAAGUAUACAUGGUUAGAGUAUAGUGUAUCAAAUGAUGCAGCUUUUUGCUUUUGGUGCUACAUUUUCAAGAAGUCAGAUAAAGGAAGUCGACAAUCAGAUGAUGCUUUUACAAAGACAGGCUGUAGCAACUGGAAAAAUGCAUUAGAAAGAUUCAAUUUUCAUGUUGGGGCUGUGAAUAAUUGUCACAAUAAUGCUAGAAUUCAGCUUGAAGCUUUUCAAGAUCAAAGGAACAGUGUGGCAAGUAUAUUACGGUCAAAUACCCGUGAGAAGGAAGUUGCAUAUCGUGUUCGGUUGACAACUUCAUUGAAUGUGACUCGGUUUCUCUUAAAGCAGGGAUUAUCUUUUCGUGGACAUGAUGAGUCAAGUGAUUCUUCAAAUCGAGGUAAUUUCCUUGAGUUACUUCUAUGGUUUAGUCUGCUUAACGAUGAUGUUUCCAAAACUUUGGGUAUAAAUGCUCCUGGUAACAAUCAAAUGUAUUCUCCUAGUAUUCAAAAGGAUUUAGCAAAUGCUUGUGCUUCAGAGGUCACACUUGCCAUAGUUAAUGAUAUUGGAGAUAAAGUUUUCACUCUUUUGGUUGAUGAGGCUCGAGACGUUUCAUUGAAGGAGCAGAUGAGAGUUGUUUUAAGAUAUUUGAAUAAUGAAGGAUGUGUGAUUGAGCGAUUUAUUGGGAUCGUGCAUGUAACUGACACUACAUCUCAUUCUUUGAAAUGCGCUAUUGAUGAUUUAUUGGUGAACCAUAAUUUAUCUCUAUCUAAAGUGAGAAGCCAAGGAUACGAUGGAGCUUCUAAUAUGCGAGGUGAGUUUAAUGGAUUGAAAUCCUUAAUAUUGCAAGAGAAUCCAUAUGCCAUGUAUAUCCAUUGUUUCUCUCAUCAACUCCAAUUAAUUAUUGUUGCGGUGGCUAAGGGCAUUAGAGUUGUGAAGGAUCUUUUUACCUAUGUCUCCAUGAUUGUGAAUAUGGCUGGGGCAUCUUGUAAGAGAAAGGACCAACUUAGACAAUUGCAACAUGAAAGAUUAGUUGAACAACUUGAUGUUGUAGAAGUGAUAACUGGAAGAGUUAAAAAUCAAGAAACUAGUUUGGUAAGGCCGGGGGACACUCGUUGGGGCACUCAUUACUUUACAUUGCUUCGUCUAUGCUCUAUGUGGUCUUCGGUUGAGAAAGUGCUGGCAGUUGUACGUGACGAUGCUAUUACUCGUGAUAACAGAAGUACCACUGCAGGAUUGAUCGAAAUGAUGGAUAAUUAUGAGUUUGUUUUCACUUUGCAUUUGAUGAGACAUUUGUUGGGAAUAACCAAUGAAUUAUCUAUUGCCUUACAAAGAAAGAUCAAAAUAUUGUUCAAGCCAUAGCAUUGAUCCAAAGUGUGAAACAUCAGCUGCAAAGUUUUAGAGAGUAUGGAUGGGAAGACAUACUUGAUCAAGCUACCAAAUUUUGUGAAUUGCAUAAUAUUUCACAAGCUGAUAUGGAUGAAAUUAUACCGCGCCGUGGUUAUAAGAAACAUGGAGCAGAGUUGAUCACGAAUUUGCAUCAUUAUCGUAUAGAGAUUUUUUAUCAGGUACUAUAAUAUUUAUAUUCAUGUUUUCUAUAUAUAUAUACAUAUUAUUUGUUAUUUAUGCUAUUGUGAUUUCAAUGCCAAGGUUGUUGAUUUAACUAUACAAGAGAUGGAUAAUCGAUUUUCUGAAGCUAGCACCGACUUGCUAAGAUGCAUAUCAUGUCUUGAUCCAAGAAAUUCUUUCUCUCGAUUCAAUGAUGAUCAAGUAAUCCGUCUUGCUACAUUAUAUCAAGAGGACUUCUCUGCAAGCGAUCGUUUACGCCUUCCACAUCAACUUAGUAAUUUUAUUGCUAAUGUACGAUGUGAUCCUCUAUUUGUUUCCUUAAGCAAUUUGGGAGAUGUUGCUACAGAAAUGGUAAAAAGUGGUAAGCAUUUGGUUUUUCAUUGGUUUAUCGGAUUAUUGAGUUGGCACUGGUUUUACCCGUUGCUACUGCAUCUGUUGAGAGAGCAUUUUCUGCAAUGAAGACUAUCAAGACUGACUUGCGAAAUCGAAUAUGAGAUGAGUGGAUGAAUGACAGUUUAGUUGUGUAUAUUGAGAAGGACUUGUUUUCAACGAUUGAUAACGAACAAAUUCUGCAACGUUUUCAAUCGAUGAAAACACGUAGAAUUCAGUUGCCACCGCUUUAGAUGUAAAAACACAACUAUGAAAUGAUCCUCUGUUCUUUUGAUUA